UAUUUGCAUCUUCUCUGCUUUUAUCUUUGCCGGUGUGUUUUCCGAUUAAACAGUUUUCGACAAUUGGCUACGGGUAGCUUUAUUGCCUGCUACAACUAUUACCCUACUUCUGCAAUUCACACUUAUUCCCAAUCAAUCGUAUUCUUCCAUAAAUUCCGGUGUUUUUAAUCGAGACGCUCAUACAAAUUUCCUAACCCCAGAAAAAAAGUUCCCUCCAUAAUGUCGCAUACCAUCCUACUGAUCCAACCAUCGCAGCAAGCCGAUACUCGCACCUACUGUGAUUAUGAAAGUGUGAAAGAUUGCUUGGAAGGGGUGUGCAAGAUCUACGAGGAGCAUCUGAAGCAAUGCAACCCAAACUUAUCGACCAUAACCUACGAUAUUAGCCAGCUUUUCGACUUUAUCGACCAGCUGAUAGAUAUUAGCUGCCUUGUGUUCCAGGAAUCUACCCAAUCAUAUGCACCGCACAACAAGGUAUGGCUAAAGGAGAAUAUUUACAUCAUGCUGAAACGGAUAGCCACAGGUGGCAACGCAUCGUAACCCUGUAUCUAUGACAGUAUUAUGUUAAUUUCUUCAGAGUUUAUUAAUUGUUAAGUGUCAGCCAAUAUUAGGAGUACAGGCUGAACCAUUUGGCAAAUUCUUGAAAAAUGAAAUCUCUAUUGCCCCGUACUCCCCAACGGCUGAACCAGUUAAAGCAGACUUUAACUUUCUGCACUAUAUUGCAUUUAAAAGGUUGUUUAAGGCAUAUCAAACAAGAGGAUUCGUAUCGUUUAUGUUAUCCGCUUACUUUUGAUUAUUUUUUGUAUUCUUUGUACAAUUGAAAUGAGAAUAUUCUUAAACUUUACAUGCAGUUAUAUCAGAGAAAAAAAAUCUACUUAUAUUUACCCAAAUACAGGGAAAACAUCAAUCAUAAAAUGUUACUGUAAAAAUUGUAUAAUAUGGAAAAACGGAAGCCAAUUUUAAUUUUAUGCUCAAUUACUUCACGAGUGAUGUCUUUGUAGCGAUAAGAAAAGAUUUAUUGGGAGAUGCACGUUCGUGUGCUCAAAACUUUUACUCCCUAAAUUAAUGAAUAAAUGAAAUAUGA